AGUGGGAAGAAUGUUCCUCACAUUGGUGGUCAGUGAGAAGAAUGCUCCUUACGUUGAUGGUCACUGAGAAGAAUGUUCCUUAUGUUGGUAGUCAGUGGGAAGAAUGUUCAUUACAUUGGUGGUCAGUGGGAAGAAUGUCCCUUACAUUGGUGAUCAGUGGGGAGACUGCACCUUACAUUGGUGAUCAGUGGGGAGACUGCACCUUACAUUGGUGAUCAGUGGGGAGAAUGCACCUUACAUUGGUGGUCAAUGAGAAGAAUGUUCAUUACGUUGAUGGUCAAUGGGAAGAAUGCCCCUUACAUUGGUGGUCAGUCGGAAGAAUGUCCCUUACAUUGGUGAUCAGUGGGAAGAAUGUCCCUUACAUUGGUGAUCAGUGGGGAGACUGCACCUUACAUUGGUGAUCAGUGGGUAGAAUGCACCUUACAUUGGUG